AUGACUAUAGAGAAUCAUAAAAAUGAUACUUCAUUAGCAAUAGAAGUAACAAAUUUAACAUAUGAAUUUCCCAAACACUCAAACUCAUCAAAUUCGCAAGUUAUAGGGGUACAAGAUAUAGAUUUAAAAGUCAACUGGCUGAAACGUGUGCUUUUAGUAGGACCCAAUGGUGCAGGUAAAUCAACAUUAUUAAGAAUAUUAGCAGGUAAGACAUUAAUUAAAAAGGGGAAAUUAAAACUAGGAGGUUUUGAUCCAUUUGAAUUUUCCACCAAGAAGAAACAUCAUAAUUCAGAUAUAAAUAAUUAUAUAACUUAUUUAGGAACAGAAUGGAUUACUAAUUCAGUAAUUAAAAGAGAUAUACCAGUUAAUUUAUUAUUAAGUUCAAUAGGUGGAGAUUUAUAUCUUGAUAGAAGAAAUCUAUUAAUUGAUAUUUUAGAUAUUGAUCCUAAUUGGUCAAUGAUAAAUUUAUCAGAUGGAGAAAGAAGAAGAGUACAAAUUGCAAUGGGAUUAAUAAAACCUUGGAAAUUAUUAUUAUUAGAUGAAGUAACUAUAGAUUUAGAUGUUGUUGUAAGAUCAAAAUUAUUAAAUUAUUUAAAAAAUGAAUGUUUAGAAAGAAAUUGUACUGUUAUUUAUGCAACUCAUAUUUUUGAUGGAUUAGGUAAUGAAUGGUGUGAUAGAAUAUUACAUAUUGAUGCUGGUAAAAUUAUAGAUGAUAUAAAUAUGGAUAAAAUUAAAUUUGAUUCAAAUAUAAAAGAAGAUGUUGAAGAACAAGAAAAAGAUGAUUAUAUAAUUAUAAAAAAAUCAAAUACGUUACAUCCAUUAGCUUUAUAUUGGUUAAAUCAAGAUUUAGGUAGAAGAGGUUCAAGAGAAGAUGAAAAAUUAAACAUUAAAUGUUAA